AUGUUUCAGAAACGGUUUUAUGAAUGGUCUCGAGAAAGUGAUGAGCGAAUACGGCACGCUGGUGUUCUGGCGCUAUCGGCUAUUGUGCUGGCGUAUCCGUAUAGUGUACCAUCAUUCCUGCCUGAAGUGUUGAUGCAGCUAUGUCCACAUACGUCCGACAAGCAGCCCAUGCAAGGUACCGCGAAGAAGGCGCUGAGUGAGUUUAAGCGCACACAUCAGGAUAGCUGGCACGAGCAUAAAAUGCAGUUUAGCGAAGAUCAGCUUUCCAUUCUCACAGAUUUGUUGGUCUCACCAAAUUAUUACGUUUGA